AUGGAAAGACCUACAAACUGCGAGUUUCCGCAUCUAUGCACUAAUACCAACUCAUCGCAUGCAGUUCUGUCGAUACCCCCCACCCAAACAUACCCGACUCUUCAUGCCAGAGCCGCCGACCUCCAUGAUUCUUCCAACCUUCCGACACCAGACUCUACGCGGCUUGCAGGCCCUCAAAGUGUUCACCCCAGUACACCGCCAAUCUCCUCUUCUGCAUAUACCAGCCAUAAUGAGUCUCUGCAUUCUCACACUACAUCACUUUCGACACAAUCCGCUUCUGUCUCUGAGAUCAACAACCCCAUCAAUAUACUAGAAUCAUGUAUUGCGCUUCUUCCCGAGAACUUUCCAGUCGCGGCUCCCAGUGAUAUACUCGCAGCCUUUUCAGGAGAUCCUGCUCUCUAUGAUGAUCCUACUAUUGCGUCGGCAGACUUGUGGGAGAAGAUUUUGAACCGGAAGAUGCACGUUUUCCUUGGCAAAUCAGAACUCGAGCUUGCACCUCUUGUUCGUGUGGGCGAGAAUGGGAUAAGCGGGUUCUGUCGCUUUGUCCGUUACUUUGUUGAACAGCGUGGUGUCAAUCCCAUGCUAUUUGAUUCCCGAGUUCGAGGCUUCACUGCAGCUAUUCAGUCCAUUCUUGCUAGACAUAAGCCUUUGAGUUUUGCCGGUGCUAGCAAACCGGGAGAACAGGCCCUAUCGAUGCAGUCACCCCCCGGCAAUUUGGUUGUCGGCAAUGCUAUGGGAUCACAUACCUCAUACUCCCAGCAGCUUCCAGUGCCUACAAAUGAGAUCAUUGAUGUAGAUACCCUUAUAGAACCCUCUGCACGAGCUACAGUAAUAUCAGUACCUUCUCGAUAUUGUCAAGGAUACUUGCCCACCUUUCCUCCUGACAAAUCACCUCAUAUGUUAUAUCCAUUUGCACUACAUGAUGAACUCUCACUUCCCUGGGACUAUGAGUCUCGCAAUGGUAUCCUCCGGCUUCAUGCACAAACCUGCCAAUAUCAGCUUGAUGAUAGCAAUGGCAUGGAAAGCUGCUUGUCAUGCAUAAAGCUGGGUCAAGAACCUAUUUUAAAAGGGAUAGAGCUAUGUGCAGUGGAGGGGACCCAUGAGAACACCACACUUUCUUAUCGUGGGUUUGGAGAACUUACCAAGAAAUUUCAUCAGAAGAAUAAGCAGAUUAAUAAUAUGAGGCUGAAACAUUUGAAUAUGAAGAGAAAGUUGCUGAGUUGUACAAGAGAGUUAGAUAAUUAUAAGCAACUCAUCUUGCAGAUAGGACAUGGAAAUUUCACAAAUGCUGAAAAACUUAUCCGAAUUGCCUUGAAGAAUAAGAAGGGAAUAAAGAGAAUCUUGGACUUGUACAAGGCAGCUUCACAAGGUGUAUACCAUCCAAAAUCAUUCACAGAAGAAGAGGAAAUGCUAGCAAUUUUGAUCUGGAGAUUAGGAGGUAUACAUCUUGCAGAAAUUGCUCACCGUGCACUUGGUCUCCCUAGCAUGACUACCAUUCAGCAUCACUCAACUGUUCCUUCCAUCAUCCCUUCAUAUGGCCAACCUUCACUCACUGAAAUUGAGAAGAAUAUUGCUGCUUGCUUUGAGAGCAUCCUUUCAGUCCUCCAAUCUCUUCCUGCAGGUGUUCUUCAAGUUAUUUUGAUGUUUGAUGAGAUAGCAGUUGAGAAGCGCCCUCGAUGGGACUAUUCAACAAACAUGAUCAUGGGACUAUGUCGGAAGCACUCACAUAAUGUUGAUCUUGAGUUCAAAACCAGUGAAUCAAUGGAUGAGGUGUUUAAUGCUAUUGACAAUAAUGAGGUUCACUAUGCAUCUGAGGCUACUGUUGGUGCAUUAUCAAUUCUAAGUAAUGACAAAAGACUUUAUGCAGCUCGUCCAAUUCUUGUAUCUGGAACAUGCAAGAAAGAGAAUGCUCUGGAACAUGCCUAUAUUCUCAAGACUGUUCUAACUGCUAUCAACCAUCAGCAGACAAUCAAUAUGCUUCACUUAGUCUCUAUUGCUUCAGAUGGGGAGACAAAACGUGGAGGAGCAUUGGCGCUUCUUACAUGCAAGAAGGAACUUGCUUUGAACUCUCCUAUCUAUGAAUAUCUUUCCCCAUGUACCCUGCGCUUCAUGAAUUUCCUUGUAGGAGAUAAUGACAUCACUGCUGAUAAGGAUUAUAAACAUGUAUUCAAACGGCUUCGAAACCUUUUCAUCAGGUUAUGUGGUGUCUCUAUUCUUGAUGUACAUAUCACACCAACAAUGAUUCAAUCACAUCUUCGAUCUGAAGGUCAUUCAGAGGCUCAUAUACAUGAGCUAUUCAAGCCAAAUGAUAAACAGAAUGUUGAACUUGCAUAUAAGCUACUUAAAGAUAUAUGGAGUCUUCCUGAAGUAUCAAGUGAGAAGCCUGGUUUUGCUCAUGCAUGA